UGUGCAUCCGGUCUUACUACCGACUUCUCUACUAUACAUCGACGUCACUUCGGCCCGCAAAAGGAAUACGUACCAUUCGUUGUACCUUUGCCGGUUUCUACUAUAUAUCUCUCCUUCGGAGCCUCAAUUGUUCUCUUGUCAGUUCAAUAAGUCAAAAUGGGAAAAGUUCUUCUCGUCCUCUACGAUGGUGGCAUCCACGCCGAGCAGGAGCCUCAGCUUCUCGGAACCACCGAGAACGAGCUAGGUAUCAGGAAGUGGAUUGAAGAGCAAGGCCACGAGCUCGUCACCACCUCCAACAAGGAGGGUGAGAACUCCGAGUUCGACAAGCACCUUGUCGACGCAGAGGUCAUCAUCACGACACCUUUCCACCCAGGUUACCUUACCGCCGAGCGUCUGGCCAAGGCUAAGAACCUGAAGCUUGCCGUUACUGCUGGUAUUGGAUCUGACCACGUCGACCUCAAUGCCGCGAACAAGACCAACGGCGGCAUCACCGUCGCCGAGGUUACUGGCUCCAACGUCGUCUCCGUCGCCGAGCACGUCGUCAUGACCAUCCUGACCCUCGUCCGCAACUUCGUCCCCGCCCACGAGCAGAUCGCCAAGGGUGAGUGGAACGUCGCUGAGGUCGCCAAGAACGAGUACGAUCUCGAGAACAAGGUUGUCGGUACCGUCGCUGUUGGCCGUAUCGGUGAGCGUGUGCUCCGCCGUCUCAAGCCCUUCGACUGCAAGGAGCUCCUUUACUUCGACUACCAGCCUCUGUCCCCCGAGAAGGAGAAGGAGAUUGGCUGCCGUCGUGUUGAGAACCUCGAGGAGAUGUUGGCUCAGUGCGAUGUUGUCACCAUCAACUGCCCUCUCCACGAGAAGACCCGCGGUCUCUUCAACAAGGACCUCAUCUCCAAGAUGAAGAAGGGCUCAUGGUUGGUUAACACCGCCCGUGGUGCCAUUGUCGUCAAGGAGGACGUUGCCCAGGCUCUCAAGGACGGCCACCUCCGUGGAUACGGUGGUGAUGUCUGGUUCCCCCAGCCCGCACCCAAGGACCACCCGCUCCGCUACGCCCAGAACCCAUGGGGCGGCGGCAAUGCCAUGGUUCCCCACAUGUCCGGUACCUCGAUCGAUGCCCAGAAGCGCUACGCCGACGGCACCAAGGCUAUCCUCGACGAGUACUUCUCCGGCCGCGAGAACUACAGGCCCGAGGACUUGAUUGUCCACAAGGGAGACUACGCCACCAAGGCGUACGGUCAGCGCAAGUAGAAGAAGCAGCCUUCUUUCUCAACUUGGUGUCCUUUUUGAGCGAUUUCGCACGAAUUUCCUUGGUACUUGUUGGGCGCUGGAUGGGUAUUCCCGCCUACCUAUGUAUAUGAAUAUAUCCCACUUGAACUCCAAUUCCCAAUAUCCUGAAGUCUAAAUUACGCCGGUGAUGUGAUGCAUACGCAAGUGAUCAAAUUGAAGGUAAACGAUGUGAAGGGUAUUAUGCAGAUCAUCGGUGUCGCGAUAGGGACCGCCGCCUCUCGUCUUCGUGCUCAUCCUCGCUGUCAUCCUUGAAGCCUUCCUCUAGCUCACGCCCCAAGCGCCUCUC